AUGGUGGCUAAAAUCACCUCUUGGACUGCUAAGAAGCUGUCAUAUGCAGGUAGAGCCCAACUAAUCCAGACUGUCCUCUUUGGUAUUCAAGCUUACUGGGCACAACUGUUUGUUAUACCCUCGAAAGUGAUAAAUACAAUUGAAGCCUACUGUCGAAGCUACUUGUGGUUGGGCACAAAUACAAUCACUAGGAAGGCUUUAAUUGCUUGGGAGAAGGUCUGUACUCCAAAAUCAAUGGGUGGUCUAGGCUUGAUGAACAUGAGAGUAUGGAAUAAAGCUGCAAUAAGUAAAGCUAGUUGGGAUAUAGAACACAAAAGUGAUAGGCUAUGGAUUAGAUGGCUACAUGCAUACUAUAUCAAGAACCAACAUUUUGCUCAAAUGGCUAUCCCUCAACAAGCUGGAUGGAUGGUAAAGAAGUUGUUUGAGGCAAAAAGCUCAUUGCUACUGAUACAAGUCAACAAUGCAGGGAGUGUAAUCAAGCAGAUCUAUUAUCAGUUACUGGGAAACAAUGCAAAAAUAUCAUGGAAAACACUAAGGUUUGGCAAUAAUGCUCGACCAAAAGCACAAUUCAUAGUAUGGUUGCAAAUGCAGGGCAGGCUUCUAACUGUAGAUAGAAUUGCUUCCUGGGGUGUAAGUGUGGAUCAUGAAUGCAAGUUGUGCAACAACCAAAAUAAAACAAGAGACCAUCUCUUCGUGGAGUGUCCUUAUUCUAUCAAAGUCUGGGAGGGGGUACUAAAAUGGAUGCAAGUCCCAAGCUUCAGAACAACACAAUGGGAACUAAUUGGAAAGUGGAUCAUCCAAAGAACAAAAGGUAAAUCGCAGCAAGCCCAGAUAUUCAAGAUGGCCUAUACAGAAUGGGUGCAUGCAAUAUGGAUUGAAAGAAAUCAACGGAGAUUCGAAAUGAGAUCAAGGAAGGCAGAACAAUUAGUGAAGGAAAUAGCAUACGUGUGUAAUAUCCGAGCUCCUACUAGAAUUAAAGAAAAGGUUCAACAAUUUUGUAUUUGUUAG